ACCAGGAAAUUUAAAAUGUCACUCUUUAACCGAACGAAAGAAGAAAAUAUUAAAAUAUUACUCUCAUCGUUAAAAAUAUGUAUUAUUUAUGGUAAUUAAAUUCGUGUUUGAUGAUUUAUUAUGAGUUUUAAUAACCAGAAUGGUAAAAGUUGUGACGAUGAAAACAAAAUUGCACUCGAAAAUAAAACUAGCAAAUACCCUACAAAUACGCUUGUGAAUGAUAAUCCUAAAUCGGUGAAAAUUCCCGUGGAACUUCCGCAAAGUAGUUACACUGUGCAAUUAAUUUCUGUCGGCAUUCGACCUAACAAUAUCUACGAGGUAUGGUGAAGAUCGUAAAAAUGAUUUUAGCGCCGGAAGUAGAUAUGACAUCUGUAAAAAUAACAAUAAAAGAUAAUAAUCUUCGUGUGACUCUUCGUAAACGGUUAGACAACCAUUUUAAACAACUGUUCCAAAACGCAAAUAAAAAUUUGCUAGACGAUCUAAUAGAAAAAAACAUUAAACACUGUGAGAAUUUUUUAAUUCCGGAAUCCAUUGACGAUGAAAAAGUUCGUGCCAUCAUGGAUAACAAAUACAGAUUACUUAUCCUCACAGCUCCCACUCGAAAAAUGUAGCAACAAUACAAGAAAACGACUUUCAGAUGUUGAAAGAACUUAAAUUACAAGUUCACCUGACCUAGAGGUUCUUCAGUUGCGAAAUUUAACAAUUGCAUUUUUUGAAACAUACAUCUUUAACGCGUUUAAUUUCGGAACGAUUAACCCGAAAUCAAUAUAAAUCAUUUAGUUUUAAAACUAGAAAAAUUGAAGUUUCCAAAGAUCCUAGAAAAAGAUAUUCGCGGACUCAAGUUUACAUUCCAACUUUAUUAAAGUUGAACCAAACAAAACAAUAAAACUACCAAUUUUCAUAAGCAUUAAGAUGACAGCAGUUUGUCUUCUCUUUAGAACAAAAAUUUAACCUCAACAGGUCAGUGCCGAUUUCAAGUUUGAUGCACUGAAUGUAUUAAAAAAUGUACUCACGUGAUUCUUGAUUUCUUAUUAUGGAAAAACUGCCCCGACAUUGUCGUGAAAAUGGCUUCUUUUUCAAACAUCUCGACUAUGUAAACUUGGACAUGAAAUCUGACGGAAUAAGGACAGGAAUGAAAUUCGUGAAGGUUCCGGACUUUUACAACAUUGACGACCGAGAAUACUUUGCGACAGAGAUCAAAAUUGAAGGAUUGAAAGUGAGUGCAGCAGCAGUUGCGACAGAGAACGUGUUGAAUAUAAAAAUGCAGGAAACCGAGGGUCGAAAAAACGUGAGGAACUUGAACUUCUUAAUUCCCGAAGAAGCUGAUCCAAGAAAAGCAUCCGUAGAAAUCUUCGGCGGAAAUACAAUUUUCGUAAUGGCUCCUCUUCGAAAACUCACACGUGAGAGAUUCGACGUGAACAGACCUGAAUAGUCAAUAUAAAUAUUUGAAACUGAUUCAAGAAAUAUUUUCAAAAAGGAGAAAUUAAAUUUAUUAUCAAUAAAACAACAAAAUAAAUAAUUAAUAGCCAUCUUCACGUUGUCUUUUCACAUUUUAUUCCAAAGAAAUAAAGUAAACA